AUGUCUGGCGAAUCACUGCUUACUCGACCUUCUACUCCUGACGAUUGGACCGAUCUCGUUGUUGAUGAAGACUCGCCUCAAGCGGUGCAAAGCCGAAAGGAUGUCAAUAUAGAGCUUAACGAAGUAAAGUCAGUACUGAAUCAACUGACUGAGGAAACAGUGGACAGUAGCACGAUCCGGAAACAGAAAGCUGCUCAGCAGUACGGUAGAGAGCUGCAGCAACAAAUCGAACAAAUGGAAAGUGCUCCACGGCCUCCGUUCGAGACCAUUAGCCAUCUUCGUCAACGAAUCGAACGUGAAAACGAGCUGUACAGACGUCAAUUUGUUUGGCAAAUGGAAAACAGUGAAGUAGGUGAGGAUGACACGCCUCCACUGGCAUGCCCGCCUUCAAAUCGACCUAUUGUCUACGUGUAUACAAAGGAGUGCAGAAAAUGCAACGAGUAUCCAGUUAUUGGGCUUGCUUUGGAAUGCAAUUUCCGUCUAUCGAUGACAUGUGGGAUCCAGCCGAUGUUGAGGUGA